UGCAGCGAGCACAGAAAAGACAUGACCUUCCAGCAACCAACCCAGGUGGUGGUGACGACUAUCGCCGCACAGCCAGCGGCAUGGAGCACUGGCCUUUGCGACUGCUGUAGCGAUAUGAGCACAUGUUGCUGCGCUCUCUUUUGUUUCCCCUGCAUGCAGUGUCAGACGGCCAGUAAAAACGGCUGGUGCUGCUGCAUGCCGCUCCUGGACGUCUGCUGUGUGGUGUCCUGCCUUCUCCGCUCCUCCAUUAGAGAGAAACAUGGCAUCCAUGGAGGCUGCUGCGAAGACUGCUGUGAGUUAACUUGGUGCUACCCGUGCGUGUGGUGUCAGAUGAAUCGAGAGCAGAAGAUCAGGGCCAGACAGCCGGCCACGGCAGCAGUGGUCACCACGCAGAUUGUGAGGGCCUAG